UUGGUCAUGUGACGUUGUGUUGUUGCAGUGCAGCUGACGCAUCCAGCGCUCGACUGAAAGUAGUUUCUGUUGAAAGUGAUUUCUCUUCAAGCUACACUCACAUUUGAUCAUGGGAGCACUUAUGAGCCUUUGUUCGGUUGGCUCACUGGCAUGUUGCUGUGGCUCAGCAGCAUGCAGCCUGUGCUGCUCGGCAUGUCCAAGCUGCCGUAACUCCACAUCUUCGCGCAUCAUGUACGCACUGAUGCUGCUUCUUACCACCAUCGUGGCCUGCAUCAUGUUGAGCCCCCGUAUCGAGGAACUACUGGAAAAGGUCCCCCGUCUCUGCGAGAGCACGGAUGUCUGCAAGAGUGCAGUUGGGUACUUAGCAGUGUACAGGCUGCUGUUUGCAUUGACACUCUUCUUCAUUGCCUUCUCCAUGAUGAUGAUUGGUGUGAAGUCAUCCAAAGACCCCAGAGCUGGCAUACAGAAUGGAUUCUGGGCCAUAAAGUAUCUAGUGUUAAUUGGUGCCAUGGUAGGUGCAUUCUUCAUACCGGACGGAGCAUCAUUUGGUCAAGUUUGGAUGUACUUCGGCAUGAUUGGAGGCUUCCUGUUCAUCGUGAUUCAGCUUAUUCUGAUCAUUGACUUUGCCCACAGCUGGGCAAACAGCUGGGUUGAGAAGUUUGAAGAGAGUCAGUCUAAAGGCUGGUACUGCGCCUUGCUGACAUUCACCCUCCUUCACUAUGCGCUGGCUAUUGCAGCCGUCGUCUUGUUCUACAUCUUCUACACUCAGGGGUCAGACGGCUGUACACUGCAGAAGUUUUUCAUCAGCAUCAACCUGAUCAUCUGUGUCAUCCUCUCCGUGGUUUCUGUCCUGCCCAAAGUUCAGGAAGCCCAGCCCUCAUCUGGUUUGCUUCAGUCAUCUGCCGUCACUCUGUACAUCAUGUAUCUCACCUGGUCUGCCAUGAACAACUCUACAAGCAAGCAGUGCAAGCCAUCACUGAGCCUGGCCCAGGAAGGAAGCAAGUUUGACUCACAGAGCAUUGUUGGGCUCGUGGUUUGGUUUUUGUGCGUUCUCUACUCGAGCAUCCGUACCUCAUCCAACUCGCAAGUUGGCAAGCUCACUAUGUCCGAGAAGAUUCUUGUCAAGGAGACUGGGACCAAGUCCACUGCACUUGUGGGGAGCGAAGAUUCCAGUGCUGGAGGUGAUGCAGAGGCCAAGGUGUGGGACAAUGAAGAUGAUGGGGUGGCAUACAGCUGGUCGUUCUUCCACUUCAUGUUUGCACUGGCUUCACUUUAUGUCAUGAUGACCCUGACCAACUGGUUCCAGCCAAGUGACGAUCCCAAGAAUCUGAUUGAGAACACUGCCUCAAUGUGGGUCAAGAUGGUGUCGAGCUGGAUAUGCUCCGCACUCUACCUGUGGACCCUAGUGGCACCACUGGCCCUGCCGGACAGGGACUUCAGCUAAAUGCUUCCUAUCUGGCUGCUUCUACUUUUUUUUUUACUUUUUUUCUUUAUUUCUUUUUCGUUAUUGCUGCAGAGUUUCAAGCAGCUAAGAGAAGUCAUACCUUGUGUUGCAGAAUAUAGGUGUUUUUGUUUUGAAGCAGAGAAAGCUUGUUUGUAUAAAAGCCUGUAGAGACUUAUCGUGAGUAAAAUAUUGUGUGAUUUUCAUGUUGAGUGUGCUACUUAAGUUGUCUGUGCACCUUUAUCCACACAGUCUUCUGUACAUAAAAGGGUGUCUCAUGAAGUGUGUCAGAUGGUCAGAUAAAAAUGAACAAACAGUCCUAGAGCUUGCUUUUCAUCCCUUUACCCUCCAUGUUCUUGUGAUUGUGUGUAAAAUGUCAAGACUAUUUGUCCCUCAGGAAAAAGUGUCUUGUUUUUAUGCUUUCAAGUUUUAUUUCUGACAAUGCCAAUUACAACACUGUGUCUGCAUUGUUUUUCACCUCCUGGAAAUUCAAGGAAGCACACUUCGAAACAAUAUGUACACAACAUCUUUAAUCUCAGUGCUCCUGCUGUUCACCGAAUUAGACACAAAUGUUCUUAUUUUCAGUCUGCAAUAAAGUUGGCUGAAAUGUACUGGCA